CCAGGCUGUCCCAAGGCUGGAGUCCGCUGAGCCCUAUAAAUGGCUCGGGCGUCAGAAGUUCGCGGCCAGCGGUGCUAAAGCCCGCGCGAGAGAACGAUGCGCAAGCAGUCCACCGGCGAGGCCCUGACCUGGGGCUACAGCAAGGAAAACGGACCUGAUAGCUGGCAUACAUCUUACCCAAUAGCCAAAGGGAACAAUCAGUCACCUGUUGCAAUCCUUAGCAAAGAUGUCUUCAAAGACCCUGCUCUUUUGCCUUGGUUUACUGGCUAUGAUCCAGGUGCAGCUAAGAACAUAAGAAACACUGGGAAAACAUUGCGGAUUGCAUUUGAUGAUACUUUUGAUCGCUCAGUACUUAGGGGAGGACCACUUCCUGGGAUUUACAGGCUCCGUCAGCUUCACAUCCACUGGGGUUCUACCAGUGACAAAGGCUCAGAGCAUGUGGUGGAUGCAAAAAGGCAUGCAGGAGAGAUUCAUUUGGUACACUGGAAUUCCUCCUAUAGUAAUUAUGCUGAUGCUUUGAGAAAAACUGAUGGCGUGGCUACCAUAGCCAUUCUAAUGGAAGUAGGAAAAAACCCUAAGCCAGAAAUGAAAAGAAUUAUUGAAGAAAUAGACGCUAUUAAAACAAAGGGAAAAGAGGCUCCUUUUCUAAACUUUGAUCCAUCUAUCCUCUUUCCUCAAAAUCGAAGUUACUAUACUUAUCAAGGCUCUUUUACAACGCCUCCGUGUGAAGAGUGUGUUACCUGGAUUGUUAUGAAAGAACCUAUAAGUGUUGAUGAGCAGCAGAUGUUAAAGCUGCGUAGCCUUUCCAGCAAUAGCGCAGAAGAUCCUCAUUGUCCUUUACAGGACAACUGGCGGCCUCUUCAGCCUCUCAAUAACAGGAUGAUACGAUCAACAUGUCAAUAGAUUCUCUACUACAGUUGCCAUCUUGAGUCAUGAAGAUCUAAGGUUUUACACUCAUGUUGUAUAUAGGUGGUUCUUCCUCUGGAUCUAUGCUGUUGAGCCAAAAAAUUUAAGCAAUGAAGCAGGACAAGUUAUUAAAAGAAUAUAACUUUGAGAGGAGGGAAAAAGUAAUUAUAGUAAAACUUUAACUUGUCUAUUCAUAUGCUGUGGACUCUCUCUUCAGAUGUCAUAUACCAUAUGCCAUGAUGUUACAGAGACUGAGUAGCAUGUAUCAAAUGUUUCCUUGCUUAGCCUUACUCAUUUGGCUGUUCCUGCCAACUGAACUGGCUAAACUGUUUUCUGCAACCUUUUCCAUGUGUGGGUUUGCAGCUAACAGACAUCUGAGAAUUGCAGUUAUAAUGUGUCAAGGCUUGUUCUUAGCUUCAGGUUCUGGCUUGUGAGUAUUGCAAAAAGCCUUUUAUCUGAUAUACUGAUAAAAGUUCUGUGAUUUGUUUAGCCAUUCCCACUGGAAGGAGAAGCCAUCAAUCCAUAUCUCUAUGUACUUGCUUGCUGAGUUGCUAUAAUUGCCUCAUAUUAUAGUAAUAACCAAACCAGCUGUAUGUAAUCUUGAAAUAUUUUUUUCUUUUCCCCUUUCACAAUUUAUUAAAAUGUUCCUAAUUUAAAACUGGUCAAAUUCCACUACCAUUUAUACCAGUUGAAAUUCUAAAGGUCAUAGGGAAAAAAGUAACAUCCACAUUCUAUUCUUAUACCAAAUUUCCUUGAAAAGCCUGUUGAUUUUAGGGAAUUUGAUAUUGAGAAAAUAUAUGCUGUUAAAUAAUAAAAAAAGAAAAUCACCCCAGCAUAUAUUUACAGCAUUAAUUUAUCUUUCUUGAAAUAUAAAUUAAAAUGUUCAAAUAGAAGAUAGAAUGAGCUAUAGAAUUCAUAUUUUAUUCUAUAAUUGUGUAACUUUAUUUCAUGCUAAUUAUGAAUAUUUUGAACACCUUAGAUUUGUUUAAUAGGAAGCUAACCUCCGAGAAUUGAAAGCAAACUUUUUUCUUGAAAGGGAAAGAAAAUAUGAUGUAUUCAGUUUUUAGUUGUGCUGUAUUUUGUAGCAUCCCAAAAAGUAAUAUUCUGACCGUAUCCUGAUUUGAUUAUUUAGUCAUUCAUUUUCUGGCAAUGCAGAUAGUAUGUAUUAUAUUCAGAAUCUCUGUUAUAAAUGGGAAGAAAUUUCAUAGUGCAAUGAGAUUUUCACAGGCAUCUCAUUUUAGAUUUGAAACCAAUUAUGAAAUGGAAAAUAUAAUAAAUCCAGACUUUUCAAUGUCAGUAUUACAUUUUUUUCAAAUAAACUUUUAUAUCUCCCAUGUAUAUAUAAUUAGUAAAUUAUAAGCAUCAGAGUAUUUUCUUCCAAUUUUAAAAAUUGGUUAAUGGAUUGUUUCCUUCCAAAUUAAAAAAAAAAUCAAUUUGUAUUUGCAUUGUAUUACUUAACAUUUCUAAAACAUACAUUAAAAUCUAAAACAUACAUUAAAACAUCUUUUUAAAGCUACUAGGAAAACAACAGUGUUUGGGGAGAAUGUCUAAACUUCUGAGAAUUAUUAAUAAAAUAUUGGCCUGAGUUGUUUUUCUUUUCCUGCUUUGGGUUUUGCUUUUCAAGAAAAGCAUUUCAAACUGUACUGUAUGAUGGCAAUGUACUUGCUUUUGUAAAACAACAAAAAUAAAUCUACCUUUCAGAACCAA